AUGCCUGAAAGUUACGGCUUGAUGGCAGAUGAUGGUUCUAUGGAUUAUAGUGUGCAUGAGGCCUGGAACGAAGCCACCAGUGUUCAUUUGGUGGUGAUCCUUGUUAGCUUUGCUCUCUUCAUGUAUGCCAAGAGGAAUAAAAGAAAAAUUAUGAGGAUAUUCAGUGUGCCAUCUUCAGCAGAAACCUUGUCAGAGCCUAACUUUUAUGACACAAUGAGCAAAAUUCGCUUAAAACAACAGCUAGAGAUGUAUGCUAUUUCAAGAAAGCAUGACUAUCAGCAACCACAAAACCAAGCUGACAGUGUACAACUCUCAUUGGAAUGAACUCUAAAGAAGCAAUAUAAGUAACUGUUGUAAAACAAUCUAGUACUAAGUUCCUAAUUCUUCCUGCUAAAUCAUGAACAAUAUAUUUUGUUAGUGUUUUGUUGUUUUGUUUAUGGGCCAC